UUUCAUCAACCCUUUUACAUUAUUUUCGAAUAAAAUGCGCGAAUUUUCUAUGGAUCCCCCGUUGAAUGGUUUAUCGGCCAAGGUAAAAAAAGUAUCUAUAAGUGGUAUCAAAUACACUAAGUCUGACGUAUUGAACAAAAUAAUUAGCAAUUUAUUUAUUGUUAAUAAUUUUAGCGAGCUUAUAUGCAAGAGUUUAGAAACAAGAGAGAAUUUGAUUAAAUUUGGUGUUUUUAACAGUGUUGAUAUCAAAUUUGCCAAUGUUAAUGAUCAUUCCAGCAAAUACGAAGUAAUUUUUGACGUGGAAGAACGUGGCCCAAUUGGAUUUGGGGUCAACACAUUGAUUGGGAAUUAUGACAACUCUUUAUCAUCCUUCCUAAAAAUUCCUAAUGUCAUGGGAAGGGGUGAAAAUGUCAACCUCAAUUUAUCCUACAACUCUCAAAAAUUCCUUGGGUUCAAUGCGGGUUUGGCCAAACCUUUGUUUUUUAAGGACCUGCUAUGUUCAAACUUAUCCCUCAAUCUAUUUAACAAUGCACUAGAUUACACUUGGUCGAAUCUAUUCAAAGUAGAGAAGGGAAUUAGCCUCAUGCUUCAAAAUAAUUUAACCAAAUACUUGAAUUAUACUCUGGGAUUCGAAACAUGUUGGAGGCACGCGAGUGGCCGAAAAGAAUUCACCCCUUUUACCAUUCGCGAACAAUACGGACAUUCGUUAAAAACAUCUUUCAAACAUAGCAUUAAUAUUGACACAAGAGACAAUUUAUUUUUACCCACCAGGGGAGUUUUUUUGAAAUUUCAACAAGAGUUUGCCAGAACUGGGCUCUUAAAGAUUGGAGCAAAUUUCGUCAAAACCCAAUGCGAUUUCCACUACAACGUUCCUUUACCCCCUGCUUUGUUGGAUACUGUAAUACAAUUCACUUUAGGAAGCGGGAUUAUAGUGCAAAGUAAUUACAAUGCAAAAUCCGAAGCCAACUUUAGACCCGUACAUUUGAUGGACAAGUUUUUCUUGGGCGGUCCUCUGACAUUUAGAGGCUUUACACUUGGUGGUUUAGGUCCUCAUGCUUAUGGGCAAGCCCUAGGGAUCGAUUCUUAUUGGUCGUCUGGCAUUCAUGCUUAUACUCCUCUGCCUUUUAUCAAAAAUAAUUACAAAUUGUUCUCCCAUUAUUUGAGGAUCCACUCAUUUGCCAAUAUUGGAAGCAUUGGAAAUUUCAUAAUUCCCCAUUUGAUUGGCGAUGAUGAUAUACCUAAUAGUUCACUAACUUCGCUCGAAAGCCCUAAAAACAAUGGUUUUACGAAUAAUAAUAAUGGUGAUAGUUUGAACAACGUUUGGGGUCAAAUGCAUGAUAACAUAAGGAUCAGUGUAGGAACCGGCCUAGUCCUGAAUUUCGGAAAUAUGGCUCGAUGUGAAUUUAAUUACACGCUUUAUAACAAAACUGGGAGAACUGACAAAUGGAAAUAACAUUCAAAUAUAUCUGCAAGUGGAUAUCUCGCCCUAAAUGCAUUUAACGGUAUCUAUUCAAAAUUCACCGAUAUCUUCCUCGGAUGUUACCCUGGGCAACGAAAUAAUUUUGUAGCUCCUCUCUAUAAUGUAAUCUUAUGGAACAAACACAAUUCUAAGUGAGAAACAACUGUUUUCAAAGCUGUUAUUAUGGAAUUCAAUUCCUAUACCAAUGUUACCACCCAGCACUGGAAAAUUUUGAGGGAUUUCGAAAAGAUAUGCAAAAACAUAAGGCCCUAUACCUUCAAGUCAUAAUGGGGACCGCACCGUACCUCUCAAAUAAAUAUGAAAUAAUUAACUCAGGCCUACAAAUGGGAAUAGGGAUCGACUUUUCGUAGUAUGCAACAGUCAAAUCGAUGAGAAUUUACGAAUUAUUAUUUAAAUUUUGU